AAGUAGUGGACAGGGCAAGAGGUACGGGGUGGAAACUAUUGUAAACAGUUCCAAAAGUUUCCAAAAGUUACUCAGAGUAGUUUUUGGAGUUAAAAUGUAGCAUCGGCCACUAAGUAAUCUCCCCACAAUGUUGUACUUUCUUGGAAAUGGCCAUCCUAUGACUGGUGGCUGGUGAAAUGUAUUGGACAUUAUGAGCAAACAAGAUGGCAGAGUAUGAGGCUGUGUCGGAUAGGGAGGUUCUCCUUAACUACUACAAUGAACUUCUGUCUCAAAACAAGAUCAACGCCUGUAAACGUCGCAAGGUGUCAGGAGAGGAGGCAGAGUCAUCUGCCCUUGGAAACAACAGCCUGCUUUCUGCAGAGAUCAGAAACACAGAGUCCUCAUUAGAUUCACCAAGUUCCAGUCCAUCUGCUGGGGAACAUAGUGAUGUAGAAAACUCUCCUGCCAAAGUCAUUCCUGCUACUGAGAUAAUCCCUCCCACCGAGGUCAUCACACCCACCGAGGUCAGCACACCCACCCAAGUCAUUAAUACCACCAAAGUCAUCGCCCCUACCUCUCCAACAAAUCCAACGUCUCCAACAACCCCUAUCUUACCCCCAACACCCACUACUCCAAUAUUGCCCCCUACCCCCACCAGCCCACUGACUCCAAGUCUUCCAGCCACACCAUCAAGUGGCACAGAGAACACACCUGAGGAUAUCAUUGAAGCCCUGAAGGAUGUUACUCAGACUCCCACUAAUGAGCAGGGAUCCUAUCCCUGUCCCAAGUGUGACAAACAGUUUGCCUAUGUUGGUAACUUGAAGCGACACAUUAAGAUGCACCACGGAGAGUUUCGGCCAUAUAAAUGCUUGUUGUGUGUCAAAAGGUUCUGGGGAAAUGACAGUCUAGAACAACAUUGUAAGCGAGUUCAUUCCAAAGACAAACCAUAUGCUUGUGCCCAUUGUGAGAAGAAGUAUUCUGUGUGCUAUGACCUCCAGAAACAUGUGCGAAGUGUCCAUGGCAAGGAUAUUGACUGGGAGGUGACAGUGCCAAGUAAAUCCCCAGGGCCUGAAGACACUGGAUCAGACAGACGCAAAGUUACAGGAAUAACCACAGUGCACCUCGGCCAGUUGAACCAUAAAUGUAAAUUCUGCAACAGAGGCUUUGCCACAUUUAAUGGGCUUGGUGUGCAUCUAAAAAUGCAUUUCCGUUGUAAAGUAUGUCAAAAGGGUUUUAACACGGAGGAAUCAUUGAGGACCCACGUGGAGAAAGCACAACACCAGGCAGGAGAGUUGGACCAGGAGUAUGUUUUAUGAUUCACUGGCAACAAUAACAUCAGUAUUAGACAACCUGCUCACCCCCAACAUUCCAACAUAUAUCCAUCUAAGUUUUAUAUUGGAUCAUUCUAUUCACUGGAAUAGGGGUUCGGGUAUGUAGGUUGAGGUUGAAUUAUCUAGCAGAAAUCCAUUUUUAUAUUAAAUGUAUGACAACAUGUUUUAAACAUGUUUUUUUUAUAUGUUUGACUUGUUUUUAGUGUUUAACCUGUGUUAUAUAUACAUAGCUUUAACUUUGUACAUAGCUUUAACUGCUGUACUUUUGUGUAAUAUGGUAUAAAUCGUUUGACGACAAUUUACUAGGCUGACAUAGCAUUAAGAGAUAUGUGAUUUUAUAAGCAUUAAUAGUGUCAUUUAGUAACUCGUACACAGAAACAAUUUUAUUUUUAUUCAAUAGUGCUACUUUAUUUGUCUAAAGUUUUACUGUUAUAAAGACUACAGGAUUUAUUCUAUGCUGGCUGGUUUACACUGUUUAGGUAAACAAAAGAAACAACAACAAUCAAGUGACAGUGCUAUUCAGUAGAACAUUUUAUAUGAAAUUAAGACCUGUCUCAGAUUGAGGAUUAUCUCAUCAUGAGUUUUAUGUUGGUAUAUCACAAUAUGAACCUUUAUUGAAGAAUUUUUACUGAAGCUGCAAGUAGCAUUUUCUAAAAAAAAAAAA